AAACACACAAACCCCACUUUCCAUAUUUUUAUAUUCCCUUUUUGUCCUUCUCUUCUCUCAAGUUCUCUCUUUACACACACACACACAUAAAAUAGCACAAAUAUCAAAUUGGGUUCUUCAACACAUUUCUUCCACUAGGGGAUUUUGGGUAACUGCCCAUAUUUCCCACUUCACACUCUCCUCCUCUCAGGUUUCUUCAAUCUCACUUUCAAUAAACUGAGAAUAAGUGAGUUUGAUUUAUAAAGAUAGUUUUUUUUUAUUUUUAAGAUUAGGGUUUUGUGAUUAGGGUUUUUGGGUAUAACUGCAAAGUUGUAAAUGUCACUUUUUUUUUGUUAAUGACUCUGUCAAUAUUGUUAUUUGCUGCAAUUGGUUUAAAUGUUGAAUCUUUGAUUAUUUUUGUUGAAAAAUUGGGGUUUGGAUUGUUCUAGGGUCUGGGUGUUCUAAUAUGAUCAAGCAGAUACUUGGUAAAAUACCGCGGAAGCCUUCAAAAUCAUCGCAUAGUGAUUCGAACGGUAAUGGAGGGUUGGUCAAUGGUGGUUCUGGUUCAUCAUUGAAUUCAUCUUAUGGUAGUUCCAAUGGUACUUUGAAAUCUAAUUCAGCUUCUUCUUCAAAAUCUUUAAGUUCUGGUUCGGGUGAGUUGUAUUCUGGGAAUGGGAGUUCUGCACCGCUGUCAGCAAAUUCGAGUAAAACAAACCAAGCUAAGAAGUCAGCUCCUGUGAUUGGAUCCCAAGUUAGUUUGAUAAUGGCUCAUGGUAAUGGUGUUUACGAGGCUUUGCCGGGUUUUCGAGAUGUUUCUAGCUCAGAAAAGCCUAAUCUUUUUAUAAGGAAGUUAAAUAUGUGUUGUGUUGUAUUUGAUUUUAAUGAUCCUGCCAAGCAUCUUAAAGAGAAGGAUAUCAAGAGGCAAACAUUGCUUGAGCUUGUUGAUUAUAUUUCAUCUGUUAAUUCAAAGUUCAAUGAAGCGACGAUGCAGGAGAUCACCAAGAUGGUGGCGGCAAAUUUAUUUCGAACUCUACCAUGUUCGAAUCAUGAUGGUAAGUUUGCAGAAGCAUAUGAUCCUGAGGAAGAGGAGCCUGCGUUGGAACCUGCGUGGAGUCAUCUGCAGAUUGUGUAUGAAGUUCUCUACAGGUUUGUGUCUUCAUCAGAGACGGAUGCAAAGCUUGCUAAACGAUACAUUGAUCAUUCAUUUGUAUUGAGACUGCUCGACCUCUUUGACUCUGAGGACCAAAGAGAAAGGGAAUAUUUGAAGACUAUUCUCCACCGUAUUUAUGGGAAGUUCAUGGUACAUCGGCCGUACAUUAGAAAAGCUAUCAAUAACAUCUUUUAUCAGUUCAUAUUUGAGACAGAAAAACACAAUGGAAUUGCAGAAUUGCUGGAGAUUUUGGGCAGUAUAAUUAAUGGAUUUGCUUUGCCUUUAAAGGAAGAGCAUAAGCUGUUCCUUACCCGUGCAUUGAUCCCACUUCACAAGCCGAAGUGUGUCUCAAUGUAUCAUCAACAACUUUCGUACUGCAUUACGCAGUUUGUUGAGAAAGAUGUCCGGUUAGCUGAUACUGUGAUUAGAGGCCUUUUGAAAUACUGGCCUGUAACUAAUAGUGGAAAGGAGGUAAUGUUCCUUGGUGAACUAGAAGAAGUUUUAGAAGCCACUCAAGUAUUUGAAUUUCAGAAAUGUGCAGUGGGAUUGUUUCGUCAAAUUGCUAGAUGCCUCACCAGCCUACACUUUCAGGUAGCUGAAAGGGCACUGUUUCUUUGGAACAACGAUCAUAUUAGAAAUUUGAUAAUUCAAAAUUGCAAAGUAAUACUACCUAUAAUCUUCCCUGCAUUGGAGAAAAACGCACGAGGUCACUGGAACCUAGCUGUUCAGAGUUUGACUCUGAAUGUGAGGAAAAUAUUCUCGGAGGCUGAUCAGACACUUUUUGAUGAAUGCAUGAUCAAAUUCCAGGAAGAUGAAAGCAAGGAACGAGAGAAGCAAGAGAAGCGGGAGUCCUCGUGGAAGAAAUUGGAAGAUGUGGCUAUUGCAUCUGCAUCUAUAAGCAAUGAAGCAGUUCUUGCCUCAAGGUUCGCUUCCUCCCUCGCUGUUGCUACGGUACAAAGCAACUAUUAAUUAUAGGUUAUUGAAAGCCAUUAGGAAUUCAAAUUGUUAAAUCUACCUCAUGACUAAGAACUGAAUGAAUGCUUCUAGUUGGAGGUAUCUUAUUUAACAAUGAAGAUACUGUAAGAAAUUAAGAUUAUGUGGGAUUUUGUGGACAAUAUGGUUAGCUGCUAGUGGUUUUAUUUCUGGGCUUUCGUGAGAUGUUUAAGUGCUAUAAGGGAUGUAUGUAAUUUAUAAUUUGUCAGUGCUUUUUUUAUCUUUCUAUACAUUUCGUUUGUGCUAUCCA